UGCAAUUAUUAUUAUGAGGCACCAGCUUUACACUAUGCAAUAUUAUUUAAGUACGCACCUGCAAUACGACACGGUGUACAAUAAUUAUUAAGAUUAAUAGUAUUAUAGUUUUGUCUUUAUUUGUUUUAUUGAAAACAGUCAAAAUUAAACAUCAUUCAAUAUUCACUCAUUUCAUUCAUUCCUCUUAUUUCUUCGUGCCUGCGGGCGCUUUUUAGCGUUUGCGAUUAACUUCAAGAAGUAAAAAAAAUGAUGGACGGAAAUGUAGUUCACACUCACCAUGGAGUGGGGCCUGGCAUGCCACCUGGAGUGGUGCUUGGCAUGCCAGUGCAUGGCGGAGGGCCUGAUGGAGAACAUGCACAGCAUGGGCCUCGCAGACGCUAUCAAAACCGACCCAAACCUACAAAUAACUUGGAGCGUUUGCCAUUGGAUGAAGCUGCUAAGAGGGAAAUGGAAUCUCUCCCAAUGAAGACUCCUGUUUCGGUACUUCAAGAGCUUUUGGCCAGGCGUGGAACAGUACCCAAGUACGAGCUUGUACAAAUCGAAGGAAUGAUCCAUGAACCCACCUUCCGUUACCGAGUAACUGUUGCCGAUUUAGCUGCUAUGGGGACUGGCCGCUCCAAGAAGGAGGCAAAGCACUCUGCUGCUAAAGCUCUUUUAGAUAAGUUGACUGGAGCGGCUCCUGCUGACCAAUCCACCAAUGGAAAUUUGCCAGAACCCUCAGAAGGAGUUGGACUUAUGAGCAAUGGCACAGUUGUGUCGUCUUUUGAAGACAAGUUGAUGGGUAAUCCCGUGGGCUGGCUACAAGAGUUGUGCAUGUCGCGAUUCUGGCCUCCACCAUCGUACCAUGCCGAGAAUGAUGAUAAUAUUAACAGGCGAUUGCCCCAUGAGCGUCAGUUCACCAUUGUUUGCACUCUGCUGAAACGCCGUGAAGUAGGUACAGGCAAGUCCAAGAAGCUGGCUAAACGUCAAGCUGCCUACAAGAUGUGGCAGGCUCUGCAGGAUAAUCCCCCAGAAUCUUUCCAGCCUGAAGAAGAGGGCGGCGUUGCGGCCCGUUAUGCCGACUUGAAAGAUAGUAAAAUCUCCACUCUUACUACAAGUCACAGCCACAAGGUGUCGCAGUUUCACAAACACCUCAAACAGUCUGUCGGCCCCAACCUGGCCAAGUUGCAGGUGACGCCAUUGAACAACAAGGACUUCAAUUUUGUGCAAUUUUUGCAAGAAAUUGCUUCUGAGCAAUCAUUUGAGGUGACAUAUGUGGACAUUGAGGAGAAGUCUAUGACUGGUCUCUGCCAGUGUCUCGUCCAGCUUUCCACAUUGCCAGUCGCUGUCUGCCAUGGAUCUGGUCUGACCAGUAAAGACGCCCAGGCUUCUGCUGCCCAAAAUGCACUGGAAUACCUGAAAAUCAUGACCAAGAAGUGAAUGUCUCAAUAUCUUGCGACAUCAACACAACACGCCAAGUGUGCUGUAAUGUGCAAAUUUAACAGCUAAAAUAUUUAGCUUCAUUAUUAAAGCAAAUUACUUUUAUCGGUCAUUUUGUAGGAGCACAUAGUACAUUUGUGAGCCUGUGAUUGAUGUCGCUAGGUUUUGAGCCUAUACUUAACUUUAUACCACUUCCCAUUUGAGUAAUGGCAUAAUGCCUGUGUGCAACAGCACUUCGGGCUAUGCUUUAUAACUGGCAUAUUUGCAGUAUCUUACUUGUGAUUGUUUUCCCUUUUAUGUCUUUUUGAUGAUUAACAGAUUUUAUCUUUUGCUGAACCAGUUCAAAAAUUUUGCCCCAUAAACAUUUUAUACAAUUAGAUAAUAUAACGAUUAUGUAGUAUAUAUAACCUAGUAUAUUAAAAUUUUAGAACAUUGAUUUUGGCAUCUUUAACCUUUUGGUUGCUUUGUUUACUCAUUAACAAUGACUUUGUAUAUGUAUUUAUGUAUUUCCUAUAAUCCUUGAAGAAUUUAAAUUAAUGUGUCCAUUAACAGAGUUUCAGAAGACAGUCUAUUAAUAUAGUUUUUUUUCAAACUAGCUAUGUCUUAAAUUGUUAUUGUUAUGUACACCUUUGCCCUCAGUAAGUACAUUAGCAAGUGAUUUCUCACUUGUACUACUACUGCCAAUAUGCGAGGGUAAAUGGCAUAGCCCGUAAACUUAAAAGAAACAAAGUAUGGAGUGGUCAUGUAACAAAAUACAAGCUAUACUUUGCAUAGAAUUAGUGUAAUUUUCCCAGCGUGGAAAUUACUAAAUAUUAAAAAAAAAUAAAAAAUACAAAAAAAGUAUAAUAUAAAUAAUAAAAAAUAAAAAAAAAGUGUGAACUAUAUAUUUCCAGUUUAAUAUUCAGCAUUACCUAGGCAUGAUUUUUGCAUUAUAUCUUAAAUAAAAUUGUAACCUAAAGUCAGUCUUAGCUUUUAAUGUAUAAUAUUAUGUAAGUAUGUAAACAAUAUAUUUUGUAUUUUUUUUUGAAACAGGCACCCACAUGUUUACACAAAUUUAGUUUGUGUUGUGUGCUACGCCAUUAUCUAACAUGCUGAGCAUUAAACGGAAAAAAUAUUCUCAGCUAGAAAUGUCUUGUUGACGAACUGGCCGACCUUUGCUUUGUAACAAGCUCCGAUAUCGCGACAACUCACUUGAACUUUUUACAAAGUGCAAGGGUUGGAACUUGAAGAUUACUAUUGCGACGCGUGUGAGGCAGGAUUAUAGAUGGUUUUCAUUUAACAUUGUACCAGUGAUUGUCUAGGUUUUCUUUUAACGCAUGAUGGAAAACUUUGCAGGGAGGCUGAGAACUAUGUGUUUGUGUGAAUAAAUCACUGGAAUUAGAGGUUGCGAAGUUAGGAUCCCUUGCCUGUGAAAAUGGGCAUUAUUUUAAUGCAAAGUAUAGAGGUUGUAACAAUUUCUACCUGUACAGUGUCGUCGUCGGUGCUUGCAUACGCAUGCCAGGCAAUGACGAGGAUCCUGCACGCACCAAGUUUCUUUUAAAUUGAAUGGUGUGGGUUCAACCUGCCCUUGUAAGACAUCGCACUGUUCAAGUUAGAAAAGACUACUCGAGUAAAGGAUUGGAGUUCUGUUCAACCAAGACCAACUAAAUGAAAUUUUGUCCGACCGUCGGGACAAUCAAGUUAACUUAUUAUUUCUUAUGUUUAGUGAGUCUUGGUUUUACUUCUUGUAAUUAAUCUUCGGAUUAAUCAUAGUGAUAACUAGAAUAUUUUCAUUAUACAAUAUCACCAUUUGCCUAUCUAGAAUGCAAUUCCGUAUAUUAUUAUUAUAACAAACAUUAAUUUUGCUAUGCAUUAUUUCAGCUCUAACUUCAAUAAAAUUUGGUGUUGCUUA